GAAGUAAUUGAGUAUUUUAAAUGUCAGCUACGUGAAGACCCCAAUGUUGCAACUGCUGUGGCUGCGAUCAGAACCUUGCUGGAGUUUCUGAAGAAAGAUAAAGGUGAAACUAUUCAAGGUCUAAUUGGGAGUCUGAAAAAUGCAAUUGAAACCCUCUCUAAAGCAGACUCCUCUGUGGCUGUUUCUUCUGGAGGAGAACUCUUCUUGAGAUUUAUCACUCUCACUUCUGAGCUGGAACAUUCAACUUAUGCUUUAUGCAAACAAAUGAUGAGUGAGCGUGGGGAACUCUUCCUAAAGAGAAUCUCUCUGUCCAGGGAUAAAAUCACCAAACUCUGCUGUCCAUUUAUAAAAGAUGGAGCUAAAAUUCUGACCCAUGCAUACUCCAGGGUGGUCCUGAAGGUUUUGGAAGAAGCUGCUGCUGCCAACAAGCGCUUCAGUGUUUAUGUCACAGAAUCACAGCCAGACCUCUCAGGGAGAAUGAUGGCAGAUGCUCUGCAGAAUAUUAAUGUCCCAGUCACAGUGAUUUUGGAUGCUGCAAUUGGUUAUAUCAUGGAAAAAGUAGACCUGGUGAUUGUAGGAGCGGAAGGAGUCGUGGAGAGCGGAGGAAUUAUUAACAAGAUUGGUACAAAUCAGAUGGCAGUGUGUGCAAAAGCUCAGAAUAAACCAUUCUACGUGGUAGCCGAAAGCUUCAAGUUUGUUCGUUUGUUUCCACUAAAUCAGACUGACGUCCCAGACAAAUUUAAGUACAAAGCAGAUACACAACAGCAAAAAAAGGACCUAAUGAAAGAGCACCCCUGGAUAGACUAUACCUCCCCUUCCCUAAUUACACUGCUCUUCACAGACCUGGGAGUCCUGACCCCUUCUGCAAUCAGUGAUGAACUCAUUAAACUAUACUUAUAA